GACCUACUGACCAAGGCCGGGUACAUCUACCAGUCCUCCUCUGGUAUCUAUACUCUGCUGCCGAUGGGUCAGCGGGUGCUGACCAAGAUCUCAGCCAUCAUCGAUGAGGAGAUGCAGCGCGUCGGUGGCCAAAAGCUGUCGAUGCCCACAUUGCUCACCCCGGACAACUGGAAAAAGACAGGGCGGUGGGAUUCGACGGGCGAGGAGCUGUUCACGCUGAAGGAUCGAAAGACGUCGACGCUGAUUCUGGGUCCGACACACGAAGAGGAGGUCACGGCGAUUGUCAAGGACAUGGUCAGAAGUUACAGGCAGUACCCGCUGCGUCUGUACCAGAUCACGCGAAAGUUCCGAGAUGAGGCAAGGCCCCGUGCGGGGCUCCUGCGGGGCCGUGAGUUUGUCAUGAAGGACAUGUACUCGUUUGAUGUGACCAAAGAAGAAGCCAUCGGCACAUUUGAGGCAUUGGAGGCGGCAUAUAGGCGGUGCUUUGACCGGAUUGGCGUGCCGUACAUGGUGGCUGAUGCGGACUCGGGCAACAUUGGAGGGUCGCUGUCGAAGGAAUUCCACUUUGCUAAUCCCUCGGGCGAAGACACCGUGUACGAGUGCAAGGGCUGUGGAUAUACGGCGAACGAGGAGCGGGCAUGCAGUAAAGUGGCUGGCAGUGGGCAUGCUACGUAUAUUGCCAAGGUUCUUGAGGGCGACAAGGUGGUCAUGAGCCGGCGGGUGGUCGUCCCCGAAUCGCACGAGCCCAGCGCCAUAAAGGUCAGGCAGGUGCUGCCGAUUGCGCCCGACCAGCGGCUGGAAUUCGAGCUAGCCAUGGACGCUGCGUGUGGCGAGCCGGCCUUGGUGGACGUGUGCGUGAGCAAUGUCGAUGGGCAGCGGGGUGACUGGCACGUGGCAAAAUCGGGCGACCCGUGCGCAAAAUGCGACCACGGCGUACUGACACCCAGCAAGGCGAUCGAGGUGGGCCACAUCUUUUAUCUGGGCGAAAAGUACUCGAAGGCAAUGGACCUGAGCGUGCUGCACCAGGGCAAGCGUGGGCUCGUGCAGAUGGGGUGCUACGGUAUUGGCGUUACGCGCAUCCUGCAGGCAUCCGUCGAGUGCUGCAAUGAAGACGGCCGGGGCGUGCGCUGGCCGCUGGCAAUUGCCCCGUACCUGGCCAGCGUGGUUCCGCUGACCAGCAGCGAGCGGGCGGCAGAGAUAUACGGGAUGCUGCAGGGCACUGCUCGGUUCAAGGACAACGUCCUGGUGGAUGACCGCGAGUACCUGAGCCCGGGAUUCCGCCUCAACGAUGCGCAGCUGCUGGGGAUUCCAGUCACUGUGGUGCUGGGCAAGCGGUUUGCCGAGACCGAGGAGGUCGAGGUGCAGCUGCGG